AUGCUUUCUAUUCUAAUUCUUUCUGUUCUCACAGACCUUGCUUAUUCAGAACCUCAUAUCUUCUACUUGAACAAGUACCCCAGUGGAGUGACUUACGCGUUCGAUGCGGUAGAAGAUGGUGCAAACUUAUAUCUCGCUUCUAACGAUGACAAUAAAGUUUUGAUGAAUAUCAAAAUCACAACAGGUGGCAAAUCAUUCUCGUUAGACCAAUUAAAUGACUUCAAUGACGACGGAUCUCCAAAAAGUAUUAAAAUCUCUGGUGGCUUGGACCUCUCUACAACAAACAUUGACAGUGUAACAAAUAAGUUGACAGGAUAUCUGCAUGUCACCACAAGACGGCAAGCUGAUGACUCCAACUUCCACGUGUAUGUCAUCAAAACGCAACAUUUCAUCAGUGCGAGCUCAAUGAAGUCUACUGUAGUCAUUCUCAACACUCAAUAUCUCACUUGCUUGGACACGAAUCAGCCGCUCAAGAACUCAUAUGUCACUCAGAUGGAUCAUUCCUCGAAUACCAACUUAUAUUUCCAAUGGGGAAUCCCUGCGGCUAAUUGGACCGAUGUUACUAACAAUGUCUUCUUUUCAAAUCCAAUCAACUUGAAAAACGAUACAUUCACCGCCAGGGUGUUCUUCAAUCAUGUGGAACCGAUACAAGUUGGAUUGGACUUUUGGUACUUUACUGUUAUGGGACCGAUUAACAUGAUCAUCGAGAAUAAGUAUGUGAACGAUCUCACUUAUCAGACUACUGCUGCUAACACCACUGGCUUGGUUAUGACUGACUAUAUCUUCUAUGAGCAUACCGUCAACUUCCAGCCAGAUCGUACUAAAACUGGAAGUUCUGGAUUUAUAGAGAGAAGUUUCCCAACUGUCGACGUUGGUUACUACAUGAAAUCUGGAUCAGCUUUAGUCAGUGACUAUGUGCGUGGAAUUGGACCAAGUGAUGGCACGAAUUGGACCCCUCAACAGGCGGACAAGUUAACCGUUAAUUCGAGCACUCCUGUUCCAGGGACAUUUUACUGUCAAUACUUCACAUUCACCGGGGACUUGUUGCCAACGACUACUCCGCAGACCAGCACUUUGGCACCGACAACAACUGCGCAACAAACGAGUAUGGCAGUGUCCACUACUACAGUUGCCACAACUACCAAAGAAUCGUCUGACCUAUUAAGCAUGAAAAUUAUAAUCUUAUUAUCGGUUGUAGCCGCUAAAUUUUUAUGA